ACCUCUGCACAGGGACAAUGAUUCAAACCUUCGGCAUCGUAUUUUUCAUUCAGUUGUUCUCUCUAAAUGGGGCGACUGAGAGCAGCAUCUUCGGUGGUAAAGUUUCAAAGCCUCAUUCCAGACCCUACAUGGCUUCACUCCAGUUUCAUGGACAACACUCAUGUGGCGGGAUCCUCGUCCGGGACGACUUUGUUCUGACAUCAGCUCACUGCAACGACUCUACGAUGGCGAUGAUGGUGGUGCUCGGCGGACACAACAUAAGAAAGACAGAAAAAACUCAGCAGAAUCUUGAAGUGGCAGAUUACUUCUCACAUCCAGAGUACAUUGGACAACAUGAUUAUGACAUCAUGCUUCUCAAGUUAAAAAACAAAGCAAAACUGAACAAAUAUGUGAAGCCCAUUGGAUUACCGAAGAAGCAAAAGAAACCCCCCUCCAAAGUAACAUGUGUCGUUAGUGGCUGGGGCCGAACAGCAGCUAACGGGCCGGCCUCAGAUGUACUGAGGGAAACCACUGAGAAGAUUGAACUCCCCGAGGAAUGCAAACGAAUCUGGCAGGAAUACUUCUUUACUAAUCAAAUGAUAUGCACCAAGUUUGACAAAAAGAAGGGAGGAAUUUGCCAGGGGGAUUCUGGCGGACCGCUGAUCUGCAAAAGCAAACUUCAGGGUAUCACAGCUUAUACUGCAGAGAAUGACUGCGACAAUACUGAGUAUCCCCAUGUCUUCAUGAACCUACACUUCUUUCUUCCCUGGAUCAAGAAAACCAUGCAGGGGUAG